UGAGGGAGUGAUCGUCGGUUUGAGCACUUGGUGUUUCUUAAGGUGACCGCACAGCCAGAUUAUGCAGCAUCCUUUGGAGAUGGGGGCGCAUUACUAUCCUCCGGAAAUUCAUCCCGAUCACAGAACUCAUCGCUACAGGAGUUUCAUGAUAGAGGAGAUCCUGACUGAUCACCCGGAACACAAAGCGUCGGCUCCGACCGGGGAGCUCCUCAAAUUCGGGGUGCAAGCUCUGCUGUCCGCCCGGCCUUUCCAUAACCAGCUGGUGCUAAAAGCAGACCAGUCGAGCCUCCUCAAGUUCCCCAUGUCUCCACUGUCCUGCUCGUUGGGCUCUCCGCUCGGCCCGUCGCUGCUCUCCGCCACUUCGGGCCUGCAGGUCGGCUCGGCGUCUCCCCCCCUGCCGCUGGACCUGCACCUCCGCGGGAAGCUGGAGCACGGAGCCGACGGAGGCAGCAAAAUCAAGAAGGGCCGCAGGAGCCGCACCGUGUUCACCGAGCUGCAGCUCAUGGGCCUGGAGAAACGCUUCGAGAAGCAGAAGUAUCUUUCUACGCCUGAUAGAAUAGACCUGGCUGAGUCUUUGGGUCUCAGUCAACUGCAAGUAAAAACCUGGUACCAGAACAGAAGGAUGAAGUGGAAGAAAAUUGUGCUGCAGGGAGGAGGCCUGGAGUCGCCGACUAAACCAAAAGGCCGUCCAAAGAAGAACUCUAUCCCCAGCAGCGAGCAGCUCUCUGAACAGGAGAGAUCUGCUGCUGAUGCCGACCGCCAGUCUGAAGGUUCCAGCUCACACUUAGAAAACACUCAGGAGGAAUGACUUGGCCUGAUGGUGCUCAGACUCUAUACGCAGAACCUCUGUGACACUCCAUGUGCAUCUUUUGGAUGGGACCUGUUUGAUGGCCACGAUUUGCUAACCCCUGGACACAGGAACAUAGCUUAACCUACUCUAAGACGGCAUGGAGGGGAUGUUUGCUGGUGCAGCUCAUGCAAAGCAAAGACUUGCAGGCCUGUGCACAGCAACAUCCUCCAGCAGCUGUGUGUUUGUGUCAUAGCCCUACCACACAGUCCCUUGUGACGAACUUGCUGCAGCUGAGGAGGGAAGUCAAACCUUUGCAGUAGGUCUACCCUUUAUAUUCUAAGGAUCCACUCUCACUCAUCUG